GGCAUCUAGUACAUGUACAUCAUCAUCUCUUCAUUGGUCACAUCUCUUAAUUCUCAAAAUAUGGCAGCUUCCCCAAAGUCAAUUCAAAAUAUUGUUACAUGUUUCUUAGGUGUCUUCUUCUUGAUCGACUCGUCCUCUGCAGAGACAGCUCCAUACACCUCCUUUGCGAAAAAAGCGACAUCAGCUCCAUCGAGAGGGUACUACGACUACAUAAUCAUCGGCGGCGGAACCGCCGGAUGCCCACUGGCAGCAACGCUCUCGGCCUCCGCAAAAGUACUACUCCUCGAGAGGGGCGGCCUCCCGUACGACAACCCCAACGUCGUCCACGCCACGGGUUUCCUCAGGCUGCUGACGGACCCGUCUCCCGAUUCCGCCGCACAGCUCUUCAUCUCCAACGACGGCGUCUUCAACCACCGCGCCCGCGUGCUGGGCGGAGGAUCCGCCGUCAACGCCGGGUUCUACACGCGCGCCAGCAGCGACUACGUGAAUCGGGUCGGGUGGGCCCCGAGGCGGGUGAAGGCUUCGUACGAGUGGGUGGAGAGGAAGGUGGCCUUCCCGCCGAAGCUGCGGAAGUGGCAGGCGGCGGUGAGAGACGGACUGCUGGAUGCCGGCGUGUUGCCCGACAAUGGCUUCACAUACGAGCAUCUGCAUGGGACCAAAAUUGGAAGCACAAUAUUCGAUCAAAAUGGGAUUAGGCACACCGCUGCCGACUUGUUGGAGUACGCUCAUCCAAACAAUAUUACUGUUUAUUUCCACGCAACGGUGCACCAAAUCCUAUUCACGACUUCCCCAGGGAAAAGAAGAAAGGCUUAUGGAGCUUUGUUUAAAGACUCAGAAGGCAACGUACAUAUGGCAUACUUAAACAAGGGAAGUAGAAAUGAGAUAAUUGUGUCAGCGGGUGCGUUGGGCAGCCCGCAACUUCUAAUGCUGAGUGGUAUCGGGCCGGGCCCUAAACUUAAGGCCCAUGGAAUACAAGUAGUUUUGGACCAGCCAAUGGUGGGCCAAGGGAUGUCCGACAACCCAUUCAAUGGUUUCGUAAUACCUUCUAGAAAGCAUGUAGAACCCUCCCUCGUUCAAGUUGUUGGCAUAACUGAUAUUGGUUUCUUCAUUGAAGCAGUCAAUGGCCAAUUCGACCCCUCUUCUCUUUUUACAAGUGCUACAACACAAACGAAGUCGCAUGGACUGAUCAUGGGAAAGGUAGCAGGACCUUUCUCAAGAGGAUACAUGGAGCUUGACAGCAGGAACCCCAAUGACAGUCCAAGCGUGACAUUCAACUACUUCAAUGACUCGAGGGACCUGCACAAGUGCGUGCAAGGCAUGGAAAUCCUUAAAAGAGUAGUGAAAUCACAGCCCAUCUCCCAAUUUAGGUACCCCAACAGCACAAUACAGUCCUUGUUGAAGUAUACUUUGUCGGUGCCCCUCAACCUGAGGACAAGGCACAAGUCAGCAGCGUAUAACAUGGAGCAGUAUUGCAAAGACACAGUGGCAACAAUAUGGCAUUAUCAUGGAGGUUGCCAAGUGAAUCGGGUCGUUGAUCGUCACUAUAGGGUGCUUGGUGUGGAUGCACUACGCGUUGUUGAUGGCUCCACCUUUUCCUACUCGCCUGGAACUAAUCCUCAGGCCACAGUUAUGAUGCUUGGGAGGUAUAUGGGACGUAUAAUUCUUAAGCAGAGGCAUAGAAAGAAAUAGGCAUAUAGUUCUCUGAUUAUUAGUGUUGAUGGAUAUUCAUGGCAAAGAAAGUGUUUCCAGAUGUAACUUCACAUGACAUGGAAAUCUUCUACGUUUUCCAUAUUUUACAUAAGGACUAUUAUAUUGACAAAUCUUCAGGUUUUUUCAUUUGUAUGCACUAAAUAAGGAAUACGUAACAGGAAAGGGAAACUGUUUUUAUUUCAGAUGAUAAGCUAAUGCAGAAAUUUAGUAAAGGUUUUCAUUACCAAA